UGACCGAGCAAGUUGAGAGCAAGCAGUAAGGGGGAUUUACAACUUUAUCAACACCAAUGUCCCGCUUUACCCGAACAUUAUAAAUAACAACAGCAGAUAUACCUACGAGUUUCUAGUAGAACUUGAAUGAGACGAACUCUGAGGAAAUACCUUACAUCAGCACCCCAGAAGGACAUGUAAUUUCGCGGCGUUGGUGAUAUUUUUGAUUGGAAGAGCGGAAGGAUUCUUUAUCAAAUAGGGGUCAGGAGCUGCGCUGCUACCUAUCCAACGCAACAUUACGAGUGCGCUGUUCAGUUAGUCAGUGGUCGUUAAUCUUGCUGUGGGUUAAGUACUGACUUGGCACUCGACAUUUUAUGCAAGGAACUGCAGUGACGGACUAAGUUUACAAAUCGGCUACAUUUUGUGCGGGUGAGCCAUGGACGGUUUUCCGCUGUCUGGCGUGCUCUUUCUGUGCGCCCUGUGCCUGCCGUCCACCCUACCGGGCGGACAGGUACCGGUGACUCCCAGCUGCCACGAGGUGCGCGCGUCAUUUCAGUCUCUGCACCCCGGGUCGAAAUGGGCAAUGGAGACUCCAGUUUCAGGUGCAGACCUGCAGGUGUGCCAGCCCAAGGGCCUGACUUGCUGUUCCAGGAGGAUGGAGGAACGUUACCAGAUGACUGCCAGGCAGAAUAUGGAGUCAGGCCUGCAGACAGUCAGCGCACCGCUCAAACUCCUCAUCAUCCAGAACGCAGCUGUUUUCCAAGAGGCAUUUGAAUUGGUGUUGCGUCACGGCCGUAACUCCACCCUGCUGGUGCUGAAAGCGGAGUUCCCAGGGCUGGGGGGCGGGGCCCAGGGGGCGGUGGGUCAGCUCUUCCUGGACGUGUCUCUCUACAUCCUGGGCUCAGACUCCAGCGUGGAACACAUGGUCCAGGCCUUCUUCACCCGCCUCUUCCCCCUGACCUACCGACACCUGCUGGGGGGUGGCACAGCACCCAUAUCUGAGGAAUGCCUGCGGGGGUCGUGGAAGGACUCCAUAGCAUUCGGCCCCUACCCUAAACUCAUUAUGACUCGUUUGUCACGCUCCCUCCUGGCCACGCGUGUCUUCCUGCAGGCGCUGAACCUGGGCAUUGAGGUGGUCAACACCACUGACCACCUGCGCCCAGGUAGGGACUGUGGGCGCGCCCUGCUGAGGCUGUGGUAUUGCCCACACUGCCAGGGCCUGCUGGGGGCCCCGGUCUGUAAAGGGUUUUGCCAGGCUGUAAUGUCAGGGUGCCUGGGAGGUGCUGCGGAGGUACAGCCCCACUGGAGAGGGUAUGUGGAGGGGCUAGGGAAACUGGCAGGGGCCAUGAGGGGGGAGCAGGACAUGGAGGCUGUGAUGAUGAGGUUACAUGUGCUGGUCAGACUGGCCCUCAGACACGCUGUCAAAGCACGCCCCCGCCUACACACACUGGUGAGCAGUACGUGUGGCCACGCCCCCCAGCGUGUGUCUCGCUCAGUGGCGCCCUUUCCUGACCAGAACCCUGCUGCCCAGGCGUCCCGCAACCCACAGCCUUUACCUUACGAUCCUGAGGAGACAUUGGCUGGUCGCCGCAGGGAGUUUAUUUCCAGCCUGAGGGGAUUCAGUUCCUUCUUCAGUGGUUUGGGAGAGGCUCUGUGUAGCCGGGAGCCCGCAGCGCCAAGCAACCACUCCCUCUGCUGGAACGGACAAGAAAUGACAAACAGGUUUCCUGUCCCAGUGAAGCACUCUCACCCUCAUGGCCCUGACCCUAAGAUCAAAGCCCCUGAACCAGUCAUCUCCCAGAUCAUCGACAAACUCAAACACAUCAACCAGUUGCUGCGUCUGGUGACGGUGCCUGAGAAGCGCUGGAGAGCCCGGUCAGGUGGGGGUGAAGGGCCGGAGGGACGGAGCACGAGAGAGGAGGAGGAGGAGUGGUUUGAGAGUGGCGACUGUGAUGACGAGGAUGACUGUGCUGGGGUGUCGGGGCUCGGGCCGCUCCCUCACCGUAAACAGUUACGUAUCUUUGCAGGUCAGUCAGACAAACGCCGCCAUGAGCAUGGAGAAGAGAGGGGUGUUGAGAUCUCCUGGUCCAGACCACUGGAAGUGGUGGACCUGCUGGAUUCCUGCUUUAACCCCGGGACCCCUGGUCUCAAUCACCAGGCCGCUGGUCUCACUCCCAAUAACCCUGGUCUCACUCCCCAGAACCCUGGUCUCACUCCCCAGGCCGCUGGCCUCACUCCCCAGAACCCUGGUCUCACUCCCAAUAACCCUGGUCUCACUCCCCAGAACCCUGGUCUCACUCCCCAGGCCGCUGUCCUCACUCCCCAGAACCCUGGUCUCACUCCCAAUAACCCUGGUCUCACUCCCCAGGCCGCUGGCCUCACUCCCCAGGCCGCUGGCCUCACUCCCCAGGCCGCUGGCCUCAUUCCCCAGGCCGCUGGCUUCACUCUCAAUAACCCUGGUCUCACUCCCCAGGCCGCUGGCCUCUCUCCCAAUGGCCCUGGUCUCACUCCCCAGAACCCUGGCCUCACUCCCAGAACCCUGGCCUCACUUCCCAGAACCCUGGUCUCACUCCCCAGAACCCUGGCCUCACUCCCAGAACCCUGGCCUCACUCCCAGAACCCUGGUCUCACUCCCCAGGCCGCUGGCCUCACUCCCCAGGCCGCUGGCCUCAUUCCCCAGGCCGCUGGCUUCACUCUCAAUAACCCUGAACCCUGGCCUCACUCCCAAUAA